GUACACGCAUUUAAAUUUGUAAGCAGUAAGCUCGAAGCACAGUGAGAGUUCGCAGCCUAAAUAAACAUUGACUACGACAGAGAGAUUGAUUUCUGCACAGAUUGACUAUCCUGCGAACAGGAAUCCAGUCCGGGUUUUCCCUCAGCCUCACGCCGACGUCCAUUAAAUAUCCUGAAGUUGACUGGAGACUGUAGGUCGAGUCUGGCAGAGCUGGCGUGAAUGGAUUGACAUAAGAAGGAUUUGUCUUUUAUCAGGUGCUUUAGUCUCUGUGGCAGCAUGUCAGUGUUACAGUUCAGAGAUACGUUGUGAAGACGUUAUUCACGCGUGUCUAGGGAAGAUCCAUCGAAGAGAAAUGCUGAAGGAUCGGUCGUGUCGUACAGGCGGGGAAUAUUAUUAGCCCUCGUACAGUGAUCUGUCUCUCCGGUAGCCAUACAUCCAUAUGUCAUCAGUGGGAAAAAUGUAAAUGUGAUCUUACUCGAAAUAGGGAACAUUACCAAAAAGAUCUGAAAAGUACUGUUGCCCAGAGUCAUCUUUAUACCGUUUCCCAUGCCGGCUAUCCUGAACUCCUCCUCCCUCACCCUCACUUGCUUCAGCUAUGCCUCAUACUCCCAAAUCACCCAAGAAGUCAUCUUGUGCAUCCAAAAAGCAAAAUGUUAGAAGGGUGAAAGCUUCCAUGACUAGGAGGCAAAAGGUCAACUUUCUCAAAGCCAAUGGCAAGAUCAAGAAGGCCGUAGACAAGAAACAGGCAGCCAAGACAGCCCAGAGAACAGCUGUCAGCAAGCCCAGCAAGAGGACAGUCAAGAAUGUCCUCAUUGUUAAAGGAUCCAGGCACACACGUGGUUCUGUGAACCAAAAUGGCUUGUUGUCAAAACGUAAUGGGAAAGGGAAGUCACCUCGCAAUAGUGUCUCGUGUCCGAGGGAAGUUGAGUCCUACAGGAGAGUGGUUACAAAGAUCAAAGGAGGUCUGGAGAUCAGGGAACAGGAUACUGAUACUACAAGGUCAGAAGUUCAUGAUCCUAAUGGUGAUGGACAACAAAAGGGUGCUGUAAUUCCCACUGGAGAGGGACAGAGCGUUAACAUAAGCUCAGAGCAAACUGCAGAGGAUCACAGAGAGACUGUUGUUCAUAACACUGACCAGGCAGAAGAGGAAGAGACGGUGAAAGCAGGCAAAGAAACUAUACAAAACGAAAGCUGCUCUGCUUCUAGUGAGCAGCUAAACUCUGCAUUUGUUGAGCAGCGUGACCCUCUUGACCCUGUCAAUAAUGUGGACUUUGCCUACAACAAUAAUACCUCAAGCCCAACAACUCCCUCCCCUUCACAAUCAGAUAAGUAUGUUUCAGGUCAAAUUGAGGAGGUUCAACGCAUCGCUCCACAAACAAACUUUCCCGACAAUUCUUUGCAAACCUCUCCACAAAACUCCACGGAAGCAAAUGAGACCGUAGCCUCCCAAGUGUGUCAGUCCUCCAAUGAAUCACCAGCAUUUGAAAAGAUUGCAAAUGAUCCCCAGAAGGGAAAAAAUGAGUUUGAAAGCACUGCAGUUGUGGAUACCAAAGAUGAAAUUGAGGAUGCUGAAAUGUCAAUGAAGAAAGAGGGAGCGCUUUCUCUCCUCUCGCUGAGCAUGACCAUUUACAACAGCACUCUUUGUGAAAUGGGCCGUGGGCCUCAGGCGACGGCGUCGCUCUCCAAUAGCACAGAAAGCACCCAGUCCUUUUUUGACAGCGACUCCGAGUCAGUUAUGGAGCACAGGGAGUCAGGAAACCCUCCUCUCCAAACAGAGGAUAUUCAACUGCGUUUACUUCAAGUUCAAGAGAGAAGAGACAAGAAAAAGAGAAUUCAUUGCGAUGUUUGCACGCCCUGCCUGCUCAAGAUCAACUGCGGGGAAUGCAGGAGUUGCCAGAACCGAAAAAUGGGCCAUCAGAUCUGUAGGCUCAGGAAAUGUGUUGAGCUGAGGAAAAAGCCCCACAUGAUCUGUACGAGAGAGGUUGAGUCAGAGGCAAACUCAGUAAAUGGCACAAGCUCAGAGCAGAUGGAGGAGACCUGUGCGACACCAGAGGAAGAGGCGCAUUACAUAUCCUUAACACACAAUGUUCCACCUGAUGUUCCCACGCCUCUCCAGCAUGGCUUGUUACCAACCCCUCCUGGAAAGGAGCCUGGGACCACUGAUGUACUACUCCCUCACAACAGUUCUCUAACCUCUCAUAAUGGUGCUGAACACAUCGAACCAAACACUGACAGACAUGUGGAUCCCACUGAGCCACGUGCCACUUUCCAUAGACCCAUGUUUAAGAAGAGUCAUGAAUCCGAGUCCGUUCAAGAACAAACGUUUCCUCUGAAGAAGAUCAAACUGGAGGAGCAAUGGGUUGAGAUUGAUGACCCACUCUCAAAGCACUUAGAAACUAACGGGUGCUACCAAGAUGCUUUAUCUACCCUAGCAGCUGUGGUCUGCUUCUCCAGUACGGACAGAAAAAGUCUGGAGGAGAGGCUUUACGGGCCUCGUGCCUGUUUAAAAACUGAGCCGAAAGAAGAACCAUAUCAGUGUCAGUUAAAUCAAGAAGAAAGUCCAGAAGAACCUCCUCAGAAUGAUAAAAUUGCACUAUCUUUACCUAGUGUCCAGUCUCUGUUCCAGCAUAGGAAUAUUAGUGUUGAUCAGGCUAUAGCUAUUGAGGCCUUGACCCAACUGGCAGCUACCCCACAAACAGUGCCCUUUGAAACAGAAAACCAGAAUCAGGACGCUCAGCGAGAAACGUCUAUGUGCUCCACUUCAAGCAACCACAUACCUCUUCGAGAGGCUAAACCAGUUUCAGAUGUUUUCUCUAACAAGGUCUCUGUAAUCAGUUCAUCAUUGCAACAGACUUCUGUCAUCUGUAACCCUCUGAAGAGGCCAGCCAACUUCACCCAAAGUCAAAAUCAGCAGUGUGCGUCUACCUCCAGAAAACUUUCCUUGAAGGAUCUUCUGGUGGCCAGCUCAGAAUGUGAAAAGCUAUCGUAUACCGCGGAGAACCGCAGAAACGGCCAAGCACUUUGUAAACCUGAUAGGUUAGAAGGCACUUUGAAGAAGUAUAAGCAUGGAGAAGCCACUCAGAUCUCGAGAAAGAGGGACGAGGAGGAAGUCGCGGCUCAGUUGGUGCAGCUUGCGUUCAUGAUCGAAUCCCGGCAGAUGCAACUCUCGGAAAACAGUCCGCCAAAAGGUAUGCCAACUCAGACCAGGAAAUACAAUCAUAAUUAUUCAGGGCAGCACUUGAAAAAGCAAAGGAAACCUAAAGCGACGCCAUCAAAACCCAGGGUGUCUAAGAAGAAAGCUGCUGAGAUCGAGGGUAACCAUUGUAGGACUCCAUUGGCCAAGAAGACGCCCAACAGGAAAACCCCACUCAAGGCCGCCAUUCAGAAAGCCAUUUUGCAACAAAAGAUGAGGUUCCAGCACAAGAGGAGUCCAUAUCUUCCCCAAGCACAGAUAGACCUGAAAAAGUACAUAGCGGAGGCCCAUCAUGAGAACAGGCAGCUCUUAUACUACAGCAACUCUCUGAAGAAAGAGCACAUUGAAACGAUCUUAGGUUCUGGUAAGCAGAAUGGCUUUCACUUUAAAUACGAGCAAGGAGCUCAAGGUCAUUCUUUACCGCAACCAAACGGACUCUUUCACAAUCAUACGAAUGACCAUCUAGGUGCUAGCCAGUGGCCGAGGCAUGAAUGUGAACAACAAAUGAUUUCUCAGGUAUCGAAAACCUACGAUGUGCUAAAUCAUGGUGCUAAACAACAACCUCAGCAAACCAUGGCCAGUGAACCCUGUAAAGACUUGCCGCAGAGCCCAGGGAUGUACCAUAAAGCCAAUGGCUUUAAUGAUCAUCAACACUUGCACACGAAUCAAAAUGGAUUUUACAAAGUGGAGACGUCUGGAGGUGUUACUGUGUUGUCCACAUCCAGUGUACAUUUAGAAAGCGGGGACGUUGUGAACCCUGGAGAACAGACUCCUACCAAGCACACGAUCAACAGCUUUUUAGAGUCUCCGAUGAGGUUCUUGGACACACCGACCAAGAAUCUCCUCAACACCCCCUCUAAACAAAUCACUGAGCUGCCCUCCUGUGACUGUGUGGAACACGUGAUUGAGAAAGAGGAGGGUCCGUACUACACUCACCUUGGAUCUGGCCCGAAUGUAGCAGCCGUGAGAGAGAUGAUGGAGAACAGAUAUGGCGAGAAAGGCAACGCAGUCCGUGUGGAGGUUGUGGUGUAUACAGGCAAAGAAGGGCGGAGCUCACAAGGUUGCCCAAUCGCCAAGUGGAUCAUACGGCGAAGAAGUGAGGAAGAGAAGUUGUUGUGCCUUGUGCGGCCGCGUGCUGGUCACUGCUGUCAGAACGCAGUGGUAGUCAUUCUCAUCCUGGCCUGGGAGGGGAUCCCACGCAGUAUGGCUGACAGGCUGUACCAGGAGCUCACACAGACUCUCUGCAAAUAUGGCUCGCCCACUAGCCGCCGCUGUGCCCUCAAUGAGGAUCGCACUUGUGCAUGUCAGGGUUUGGAUCCAGAGACCUGCGGUGCCUCUUUCUCCUUUGGUUGCUCCUGGAGUAUGUACUUCAAUGGCUGCAAGUUUGCCCGCAGCAAAACACCCCGAAAGUUCAGACUGCAGGGAGACUGUCCCGAGGAGGAAGAGAAGUUGGAGAAAAACUUGCAGAAUCUGGCAUCAGAGUUGGCCCCCGUGUACGAGAAACUUGCUCCUGUGUCCUUUCAGAACCAGGUGGAGCAGGAGCAGCAGGGGCAGGCCUGUCGGCUUGGCAGGGCCGAAGGUCGGCCGUUCUCUGGUGUGACUGCAUGUGUGGACUUCUGCGCUCAUGCCCACAAAGACACACAUAACAUGACCAAUGGAAGCACUGUGGUAUGCACUUUAACCAGGGAGGAUAACCGUGCAGUGCGGAACAUUCCAGAGGACGAGCAGCUGCACGUCCUGCCGCUCUACAAGAUCUCUGACACGGAUGAGUUUGGCCAUGCUGAGGGCCAGUGGGCCAAAAUAAAAUCUGGGGCACUGCAAGUCCUCUCGGCUUUCCCAAGAGAAGUGAGGAUGUUGGCCGAGCCCGUCAAAUCAGCACGCAAGAGGAGGAUGGAGGCUAAAAGAUCCCAUGCUGAGAAACUAAGCGGCCUGCGCAGUAAGCAGGGCACUCCUGUGAAAGUGAAGAACGCGCAUCUUAAAGGUUUCAAACAAACCUCUGUUGAACAUUCACCAUGUUUGGAAAAGGAUACUCGUAAUUUAAGUUCCAGCAUGCGAUCAUCUGGUGUUCCAGGCAUUGGAGACCAAUUCUCAAACUUCCGCUCUACUGUCCCGUACAACCAGAGUAACACCAGCCGCACUCCUCCUGUGGCCUCCAGCUUUGGCAUGUCCACACACCCAGAGUCCCCUCGACCGCAUGAUCCCCCAAGAGGAACGGGCCACACCAAUGGCUCUCCUUCUCUUAGACACGGGUUCGAGCCCAUCAGGCACAUGUCUGAACCGUUCAGACACUCGUAUCCGAAUGAUUCUCUGAGAACCAAUUUGAAAUACUCUCCCUCGUUCAAAUCCGAGCCUGAGGAGAUGCGGUGCUUCCAGGGCGGCGCAGCUCCCACCCCGCUCUCCCCGCCCACGGCCGAGGGUCUCCACAGUCGUUUGAACCUGGAGGACCACCGCAACCCUCCAGUUAUGGCACGACCCCUGACCCCAGUGGAGGAAGUGUGGUCGGACAGCGAGCACAAUUUCCUCGACAGGGACAUCGGCGGGGUCGCGGUGGCUCCUUCCCACGGCUCCAUCCUGAUCGAAUGCGCUCGACGGGAACUGCACGCCACCACUCCCAUCCUGCGGCCCAACCGCACGCAUCCCACCCGCAUCUCCCUGGUCUUCUACCAGCACAAGAGCCUGAACGCUCCUGGCCACGGCCUGCAACAGUAUGAGGCUAAAAUGGCAGAGAAGGCCAGGGAGAAAGAGGAAGCCGAGCGUCUGGGACUCAACAACAGGUCAAAGGAAAUGGAUUGGGAUACGGAGAGCGAAAACGAGACUUAUCCAGAAGAGAGACAAAAGCUUCAGGUUCCUACCCGUCAAUCGCUAACAGUUCCGCGUGAGGGCGUCGUCAUGUCAGCGCCGUACUCCCUUACACACGUCACUGGGCCUUACAACCGCUGGACGUGAAAUUCUCCGUGCUUAGCUAAUGCCUUACCUCAGCUAGUUCUCAUCCUUUCAUGCGCGUGCUCUUCAUCUCAGCUUUUACGAAGAAAUAGACUACCGUUUGUGGGUUUUUAACUGUGAGUUUUGAUGUUUAUGUCUGUGUUUUUUUUAUUGUAAAGAGAUGGUGCUCAGAACAGAUGUUAUAAGACUGGUUUUAUACAUAUAGAUGAAAUUAGUACAUAGAAGAUUUGAUUAUUUAUUCUGAUCAUUUUCAAGACUAUUUUGUAAUUUAAUUUCUGGUCCAAGCCUGUUUACUGCAAUAGGAGUAUGUCAUCCUUAAAAUGACGUGUGUAGUAAACACUCCGAAUUGACAUUGUCAAAUGUGAAUUCUAUAUUCUCGUCUUAGCCUUGGGUGCUGUCUUGUCCGACCCUCUGUAGUUGCUAUUUUAUGAUGCCAAUGUAGCAGUAAGGUUAAUUGACCUAUGUGAACCAUACAUGGGUCAUAACAGGAACUAUACAUCAGUUUUUUGUAUUGGUAUGAAGGUACAUUGUUCCGGCAUAAGACAUUGUUGGGGGAUAUGCAUCGCAAGUAACACAAGUAACAUAAUCAUGAUUCAUUUUUUCAUGUAACUAGUAAAGUAACAAAAUAUGUCAGUUACUUUUUUUAUAUAAAUAAACUGACACUUCUCCCGUCCACAUGUUGAGAUAAACUGGGAGUUCCAGAGGCUUAUUAAUUUCACUUUGGGUGUGAAAUGGCCUUUACAGUUGCCAAAAUUUUUAAUUUUGAAGUUUUUGUUUUAAAAAACAAAUAAGCAAGUCUAGCACAAGAGACAUAAAGUAAUGCAAAAGUAUUGUAAUGCAUUACUUUCCAUAAAAAGUAACGAAUGUAAAAGUUAUUUAGUUUUUUAUGCAGUAAUGCAAUAUUUUGGUUGCACUUUAUUUUACAGUACAUGUACUAACAUGUACUUAUAGUGUACUUACAGUGUAUUUAUCUAAGAAGGUUCUGGUAAUAAAGGGUAACUACAUGGGGUAGGGUUAGGUUUAGGGGUAGGUUCGGGGUUAGUACCUAGUUAUUACAUAGUUAUUGUAAUUACUAUAAUAAGUACAUAGUAUGUACAUGAGGAACAGGACUGUAAAAUAAAGUGCUACCAAUAUUUUAAUGCAUUACUUUUAAAUGUAACUUCCCCCAACACUGUUGUGAGACAUAGACAUGGCAUCCUUUCAAAAAGCACUUUGUAUCUUCAGACCAACUUGACCUUUGCAGUUUCCAAUAUACACGUUUGGUUGAUCAUCGAGUAAUAGUCAUGUUUUUGUUAUCAUGAUUAUGAAACUUUGCAUAUUUAAGCAAUAAUCAUUGAAGGGUUAAUGCUGCAUUUUGACGACGUGUCCAAACUGGUUAAUUUCUGGCACUUAUGUAAAAUUCUAUAAUAUCUGGUCCCAAAUUUUGAGUCUCUCUUUUUUUUUUUACUCCCAAAGAGGUUGAAACAUGACUUGAAAUAGCUUAAGCCUUUUAUACAAUUCAAGCGUGUUAAGAUAUGUUUGAACGAAUUUACUGUAUGUUUUUCACUGGUGCUUCUAAAGAGAUCCCAUGACACCUCCUGAGAUGUUUUUAUUUGAAAUCAACAUUUUUUGGUGCGAGGGCUGGGGUGGAUCAGUGUCUGUGCAUUUUUAUACACAAGUAUGUUUGGUUUUAUUUAGGUGCAUUGAAUGAAAAGAUACAUUUUAUGACUAUGUAAUUGCAUAUGUAUCCAGAGGCCUAGUCAAGAUAUUGGCUCAAGCGAAAGGUUUACAUUACUCUUACAUGAAGUUUAAAGUGAACAUACGGCUAAGAAAUGUCUUGUUAAUUUCAUCUUUAUGGUGCUAAAGAGUGUACGUCAGUGUUCAGAACCAUUGUACACCCAAAAUGCUGUGCUUCAGCACUUGAAACAACAUCUUGUGAAGUAGGUUGUGAGAAACAUUACACAUUGUCUCUGAAAAUGUGUUUCAACUAGUACUCUAGCUGCGACAAAGAUAGAAAAGCUCAACUGUAACCCAAUGUGAACCUAUGUUUUGGGGAACUUGAAGUCACAGAGUGGCAUGGGUAUGUUCACGCUACUGUCUCUUCAAUUAAAUCUAUUUUUGCUGAACAAUGAUACUGUUGUUUUUGGGUAAAACCAUCAUGUGUAACAAAAAGAAGACGAUAUUGUAACCCUGAGUUGAGUUUGUAUAUAGCUCAGGGAAAGUGCUCAUCAUUGGUGCUUAUUCAUAGUACCAGAGUCCCCUAGCAUUGACGAAUCACAUGUAGGUGACUCACUAGUUCUGGAUCUUUCUUUUUGGCCGGUGCUGAAUGUUUUACUCAGCUUGAAUAUCAUUAGAUCAUGCUAUAUUAUUGAGUGUUUUUCCUCUUGACCUUAUGUGGCACAAAUAAUGCUAUGACCUCACAGUCCCCUGAUGCUAAUUGACUGACAUUGAAAUGCCAGUACUAUGAACAUCAUAUAGCCUAAGGGAAUUACCAAUGCAAUUUGAUUCAAUGCUCACUGAUUUUAUGCAUUUUUCUAAGCUAUUGUUUUCCAAGCUCUUGUUUUGUCAAUUAUGGGUUGGUUUUUGUGUCGCUGGUUAAAAAAUUACAUAUCUGUGUAAAUUACGGUAGAUUUAUAAUACCAUUAACUCAUUUUGUUAGAUUUGGCUCAUGUGAUCUUAUUUGAGUUCAGAUGAUCUAACAUGGCUCUCAUUGCAACAGUCUGGUAAAAAAAAAUUAUGUUGCUAAAGAAAAAAACGUGUUACAUUCCUUUUUAAGUUAAUAUAUUCACAUUAGGGGUCUCUUGCAUGUUUUUCUUCUUUUUUUGUUAUAUUUUCCCUCUUUUCUCAGGUCUCACAUGUAACUUUGGACACAAGCUUCUACAAUUUUUGCAUUGUCUUCCGAUUAAAUUCUCCAGAAUUUUAAUUUACGUUUCCCUUACAACAUCUUCAUGUAUAUUAUCAGUUUGACAGUUCUCGUUUGUAUAUGUUGAAUGAAAGCUGAAGUGUGUAAUUUCUGCUCCACUAGCAUCAUCAGACAAAAUCGCAUUAACAGUAAUGAUUUUUUUCUGGCAGUUUUCUCAGAUAGUCAGGUAAAUCGAUUGAUUUUUCAAAUGCAAUCAUUUCAAGUAAUGAUUUGAUUGCAGUUCAGACAUGCAGAUGUUACAUCUUUGGUAAUUUAAACCAACCAUUGGCUUAUUAACUUUAUUUUUUUUAAUUUUUUUUUUUAUCUGAAUGUUGAACCAGAGUUAUUUUUAACAUUGAACAAAAAUGACACACUUCGGCUUUAAGUUUGAAUGUAAGCCAUUAUGGGCACUGUUAUAAUGUGGAUUUUUUUUAACCUCCUCUUACCUACAAAACAAAAAAAGAGCAUAUGAUGACUUGAAGACUUGUUCAUUUUGUGACUUGAAAUGAUCUGUCAAGGAAAGAAACACCAGCUUUUGAGAAAAUAAAAUGCACAGUAGAUGUACAGUACA